AUGGAACAAGCAGAACACAUUGCAAUGCGAGACACUUCCCAGGAACCUGUCAAGCUUUCUAAGUCUCAGAUUCGUAGGAGAAAACGACAGGAGAGGAGAGAAAGGCAACGUAAAUUGUGUCUGGCAGAACAGAGGGCUAUCUUGUUUGCUAAGUACCAGAUGGGCACAACAAAACGGAAUAAGCAGAGAGCAUACCGAGAUGCUCUUUUUGUUGUAGAACAACAGGAAACUGGGUCUUCGAGGUCCGAUAUUCACAAGAAAAUACGAAAAGAGAAGAAAGCGAAAAGGAAAGCAUUGGUCGCGAGAGAACAAGAAGCUAAGAAAAUAGCAACACAAAUGUUGGCACGCACGCAAGCGCUGCUAGUAGAGAAAGAGGCAGCACUGCUUGAAAUGCAAGAUGCAGCGCACAGAGACGCGUUAAUCGCAGCAGAGAAGAUUGCAUUUUUGGAAGAGAGAAUGGAAGAUCUACUUACAGUGCUGAAAGAAUCACCUGGGGGAUUGUGACGAUGGUCUUGACAGCCAAAGAUCUUCGCAGUACCGCAGUGGAUGAUCUAAGUGGUGAACCAAAGAAGGUAGAGGGUGUCCUCCAUGAUCUGUAGUAUACUUACUAGUACUUAACACAAGGCCGGGAGACUGUCGAUUCGAGCGAACUUGUCAAAUGACUUGGGAAGAAAAUUUGAUAAUCCUCUGUGAGACCCAUUCCUCG